UUCACCCGGACGGUGUAUGGAACGCUGCAGUUUCCGGUUGGAAGUAAACAGAAGUUUGACAUUGGCUGAAUUUACCAGGAGUUAAAUAUGGCUUCACUGUCUUUAAACUCGAUAAGACAAUUAAUGAGAGCAAUGGUGGACACUCCGGGUUUCGACAAAGUGUUGAGCAAGGUGGAUAUUUUGUCCGCCAGCCCUGGUAAGAUGGUGUGCGAGAUGCGGGUAGAGGAGGAGCACACCAACCGGGGCGGGACGCUGCACGGCGGGCUGACAGCCACCCUGGUCGAUGUCAUCUCCACCAUGGCGAUCAUGCACAGUGAGAGGGGAGCACCGGGGGUCAGCGUGGACAUGAACAUAACAUACAUGAAUGGUGCCAAGAUAGGAGAGGACGUCGUCAUUACUGCUCAGGUUCUUAAGCAAGGACGGACGCUGGCGUUUGCCACCGUAGACCUCAUCAACAAGGCCACUGGGAAGCCCAUUGCACAAGGAAGACACACCAAGCACCUUGGCAGCAGCUAAACAGGCCCCAGUCUGAGCCAUUUGUAAUAAUCACAUUAUCAUAUAUGUACUGUCAAAACACGGGACUCAGAGUGAACUGUUUGCCUGUAAAUAGUUUGAAAAAGUCACUAACUGUGUAUAAAAAACAAGUGGUGAGUGAACUCCCUAAUACCACCCACAGCUGGUUACAACUGUUGCUUAUCUGUUAUCAACAGUUACAGAGGAACCUUUAAUAUUGUGGUCGAUUAUGACGUUCUUACUGUAUUCUUGAUUCAUGCACAUGCAAUAAAAGAAGUGGACAAGA